AUACAGAAAUCAAUGAAUUUUCUGCGGCGGCCUUACAACAGAAAAGAAACUUGGUUAGAUCACAACUCACAGAUGCCAUCAAAGAUUCCUGCCUGCCAAAGAUGCUCUGUGAAAUGGCAUCAAAACCAGAGUUCAUGUUAACAGAGAAAGAAAAGGAUUUAUUACAAUUAAUCAGAUCUUCAACAAUGUCACUGACUAUGAAUGGAGCUCCUAGCAAAUGGCAUUUUGCUGCACACAUGGGUGAACUACUACGUUAUACGGGCGAUAACCUGAGCGGUCCAAUGGGUUGCGCUAAUUUAUGGCCAAACUGUCCAAUUAGCUCAAAGAAAUUAAUGCAACUCUCCUAUAAAGUUAAAAUAUAGUUUUAAGAGUACGUGAUAAUAAAGUGUGAUGGAAUUCAUUCCGUAUAAAUCUUAGUAAUACUUAAAAUAGUAUAGAAAGUAUGUUAGUUUAUUAAGUGAAAAUAAUUUAAUUUAUAGAUAUAUUUUUUAAUUGAACAUAAAAACAAAUGGUUUAUUAAAA